AUGAAAGCACGUGGAGCGUAUGCGCACUCGACCCUGGUCCCCAAUACCAACGCGGCAGAGAAGGUGAACGCGACCGACCACGAACUGUGUAUUAGGAAAUUGCAAGUCAAAAUGAACUGGAAGUAACGCGUAUUUAUAACGCCUUACGGUGCUUCGCCGGCGUUCGGCCCAAUGCCCUUCUGGAAGAAUAUUCGGGACGAGCCGGUCGAUAAUUCGAAUAUGCUGAUCGAUCAGGCCCGCGAGGAAAAGCCAAUGGAGAGGCGCCACGAUUAAGAUGACAGCGCAGUAGAGAAAACGCACGUGGCCUCCCGUGAUUGGCUGGCUCUUGUUUUUGGGAGUGUAGGCACUCCCAACAAGUAAAAUUGCUGGAAGGCCUUUGGACGUACAGUCUUCCGAGGACACAGUUGAGCUGCCAAGGCAUUGUUGAACUUUUCGAUGGUCGCGGAAUACCUAGUUAUCUACCACGCAAAGCUUUAUCUACAGCUCUCUUGACUGACUUUUGAACUGCAUCUGAUAGACGCUGGUGAGAAUAAUUACGACGCUGAGUGUCGUCUUCCUUCAAUAACUCUACUCACGCUUCCCUAAGUUAUGACUCCUGAGAUAUAACAUGGAGGCUUUUCAUCCAGCGGACAAAUCGGUCUUAUUAAUGAGGAUCAGGCUGGGAGGUGUCUUGUCCAGCGUUACUUCAGUAGUGUACCUGAGUGUGUAAACCCGGCGUCUUCUGACAAUGCAAACGAACAGUGUGUUGUAACACGCAUAGAUCUGCGCAUUAGUUCUGAAAUCGGGUGGUGUUGCAUCAGACCUAAGUCGGAGGCAAACACGUGUUGGAUACCUGAAGGACGGCCUUAGGCAAUAUCAGCCACUGAGCCCGAUGGGGCGUACGGUCGACCUGACCCAGUUUUGCCACUGACAAUUGAGGAGGUGAGAUUGAGGCUAGGGAACGACGAUGAGAAAUAUCAAAGCAUCAAAUGGAAGUGGGCUGUUGCUGUUGGUAACAUCGGAGACACUAGAGAGCCUGGCGAAGUAAGGAGUACUGAUAGGCACAACUCCACCUCGGCAGAUAGCCGCGUGUCACAGCACAAGCAGAGGCCAUUGAGCAGAUCAGCAGUGGUAAUAUAGCAUUUGCUACGACGGCUUUUACUCAGCAGUCCGUUUUCAUUCUUGACAGUCCGACCGUCGACUCCGACGGUGUCCACCUUGUGCGCCGCAACAGGUUGGGCGCAGGGACGGUGACUUGUGCGUGAAUUAGUUUAUAGUGAUAGUAGCAUUGUGCAGCAUCUACCGUGCUCUCCCCCCCCCACCUGUGCUCGGUGUCAUAACAGUCAAGAAGACCGAAAGCGGGAGAAGCCGCCGGCGACUGGCGCGGCGUAAAUCCCCAUCGAGGCCUACUACCACACCCUCGGGUUCACACAAAACGGCCAGAAUUUCACAAAACAUGGAGCCGACUCGGGUCGCAUCUGAGUGGGAGUGCCAUAAAGGCCACAGUAGGAAGGAUCCAUUGCAGUCUGACUCUUUGUCCAUCAGUCGGCCACUCAACACAAACACACCGGACUGACUGCGAGCUCCAAGUUGGUCCGUCGAUUGGAAAACUUCCAAGCCACGCCUCUGACGCACCGUGGUAGUAUCUAGCGCGUAAGAUUGUUUAUAGUGAGAAAAAUGCGUUGAGUCGACCACGCUCUCUGUGCACUUCUCCGUGCACCAGUCGACUGUUCGGGCCAGCCAGGUAACUGAUACUGUGGUUGGGAGAGGUGGCUGACGAAGAACGGUUCGUUUGCGUGCGCCGAACACACACGACUUGACCCCCUACGCAACAUAUCGGGAUUUCAUAAAAAUGAAACGAACUAUUCAGAUCUCACCUACAGCAGAGGGGCAACGUGGAGGAGUCGAAGAACACACAUCCCACUUACGUGAUAGGUGCCUAGUUUGUGCCUGUGGGGUGUGAUGUUGGACACGCUCAGGUUUUGUGCAUGUAUGGUCAAGUCUGCGGUGACGACGAGUGUAUUUUGGUGCUCCAGGCACUGGCUCGCCAGUCUGUGUCGUGGAUUCAUCAGACGUACGCGUAAUGUUCAUGUGCGGUGUCAUUGUGGACAGAAUAGGCUAAGAGCUCCUGAGUCGAUUGCGGUGAUGCUACCGCUAGUGGUGACCGCGUAGGCGCUGAAACUGGGAGAGUUGCUUGAUGUGCUUGGCGUGUCGAUAUGACGCUGAAUUCCACUGCCGUGGGUAUGCAUAUGGCCGAAUGGACUCAUGCGGUGAAUGGAAGUGCGUGAGUAGUGGCGACGGAUGCAGCGAGAAUACAUGUUUGGGCCCCAUAGCACUGGUUCGAUGGUCACAAUGCGAUGGAUUCGCUAGUAACCAACCAGGCCGGUGAGUGAGGUGAAUGCCCGAUCGCAAUGAGGACAGGUUGGGACCGAGUCCAUAUUGCUGGUGGUGAGGGUGGUCGUUGUGAGCGGCGUCGGGAGUGUUAUCACGGGUUGCGGGAGUGGGAGGGGCGGUUGUGGCAGGGAUGAUUAUGGGGGCGUUUGUGGAGGCAGUAGGUGGAGUUGUUGGUGUUCUGAGUCCGUAGAUGCCCGACUAGACCGACACGCACCUUUCUUAGGGAUCUAUACAGCGACAACACCACUUCUCUGUACGGCCCCUUCGAAAAGUUGGCUGAGAAGACCCAUAACUGACCGACUAUCACGAUCGAACAGAACUUGUAGACCCUCUGCGAAGCUGUCCGUGCAAGGUGUCUUGUUGUUCCUCAGCAUCGCUGUUGCAUCAAGCAUCUCCUCAGUGGAUGGUGCCCCGCAGUCACAGUUAUACUCAGAUACCAGGUUGCCCUCAAUCCGAGAGUGAUUACUGAGUUAAGAGAAUGAAAGAAAUGCUUGUCCCACCGACACAGCCUCUGUUAGUGUUACGACUGCACACCUUAGUUGGUCUUUGGUAAAACAGACAUAUUAGUAGUCUGGCCCAUUUUUCGGAAUCCACUACGUCUCUUAAAGUCACCGUUAGUUGAUGCACACAAGAUCUCUGGCAGUCUGACUGUAGUAGUUGCUGUCAUGCCAUGCAGUAAGCCUGCUCUAAGACCAACUGCUAAAAUUCUGAUCUCCACGAGGGUGUGCAGUUCUUGUAUGCCAGACGGUAAGAUAAAUACAUCUGGGAGCAAGUUCUUGUAGCGAUGGCUAUCGUGCACAUCAUCCGCCUAGGAGGCACGAUGGAGGGUUCGCCUAAGUUCGAGCCAGUUAGCUCCAACUGAGGGCGCCUUUGAGUCGGCUGUUGUCUAAAUCAGUGUUGCGGUGUGGUUGGACACAGCGAGGCGGACGCCCAUGACGGUAGGGGGAUACUUGGGACGAGCGGCAGUGUACCCCCUCAUAGUUCGUGCCUUAUUAAUAAAACAACAUUUAAGCCAUAAACGAGCCCACACGACUAUUAGUUCCUCAUUCCUAUACGACUGUCUGCGAGCACUAGACAUGAGGUGGAGACAGAUUAGGCCAGUGAACUUAAUCCUGCGUAACUAGUAUUCUUUCUUUGGUUUAGUUCAUCCUGCCCCCGAAGUUUUUUAACGGUCUCUUCGAACCCGAGGAAACGGACGAGGCCGUCUUAUGUGCCUACGCUAGCGCCCUUUCUUCAGGCAUAGUCUCACCACAGCGCCAACCGAUUCUCAGCUUAAUUGCUCUGCACCACCUCAACAGGCAAGCUCUUCUUUUUAUCUAUCGUUUUCUGGAGGCAUAUGUUUCCUAUGAACCCCAGCACCUAGGACAUGUCACACCCAUUUUCCAAUGGUUAGUGCAGAUGUUUGACUUCUCACGGAUGUAGGGGCAGUAUGUAUGGCUUGGUUGAUCAUAUCUAGCAAUUACUAAGCGCUAAAGACGCUCCGUACUUCCCUAGCCUACUUUUACAUGUUUUCUACCCAAUGAAUUAUCCAGGGUCAACUUGAAUGCGGAUUGUUUCUGAAGAGCGAAGAAUGUAGGCAAGCAGUAUCCCUGUUUACUCCAACAGGGUCCGCCAACACACGUUGUCUGACGUACAGACGUACAAAUUUCCAGUUGACCGUCUUCUGAUUUCGCGCGCCCUCGAUAUUUCUCAUGCAUAAGUCUGACUUAAAUAAGGAGCCGCCUUUCUGGUGCACUAUUUAAUGCCCCAGGGUCAUCCGCUCUUCCUAAAACUGUCAACACCUAUAACAAUGGUGUCACUUAUGCAUUCUUCAGCGAGUUAACUGUAAGAAUGACAGCAGACGGAGUUAACCCAGGUAUUUUGCUCUCAUAUGUUUCAACGACCAAACGACGCCAAAACUUAUGUAGCGUCCUCGACGCAAAAUGACGACUGCGACAGCGAAAUCGAACAAUUUAAAAGUCGAAAUCUUAACAAAUGCUAGGGAUGAGUUUAAUUCAUGCAAAAGCAGCACGCUGGCCAAGUCGGCUAACGUUCAACAGAUAGGGCAAACUCUGCAAACAUCUCGGCAGGUCAGAUGAAACUACUACACUGAUCGACCACGUGUGGCGCGUGUAACUGACUAGCAAAAGCUGAGGGCGCGUGACGCGAAAACCUACCGCACGCAUCAGCCGAUGCUAAAACGACCGAUAGUAGGACGUACUCUGAUGUUUCCAUAAACCGGAGCAUAGAAUGCUCGAAAGAAGUUAACAGUUGGAUUAUCCUCUUGUCUUCACCGUCUCCUCCUAGGUACAUUUUCUGCACAAGAAAUCUGGGUGAACCGCUAAUCAGGCAGCUCUCUCGCACUCUAUUCUGGUUAACUAAACAAGAACGUCGACGGACCAACACCCCCGGCUGGUCACAGGAACUGGUCGACCUCUUACGGCGCUACAAGCGACCCAAGUCACUGCCGUGGGACGAAGAGAUACCGAUAAACUCUGAACUGGUCAGCGCUCAGUACCGGCAGCAGCACUUCGCCGCCUCGAUAUCAGCAGAACUGGCUGAAUUCUACGAUCCUGAUGUCCCAGACUCCAGAGCUCGACACUGGAGUUUGUUUUAUAAACUGACGCAUUGA